AUGAAAAUAUGCACCUUAACCAAGUUUGGCAGCCAAAAUCUGUCAAAAAUGAUGCACCGAUUCCGCCAAAGAAAUCUGUGCAUGACGCAGAAUGUACAUGUAAUGCACAGUUAUGUACGAUAUGCAUCGACAACUACGCCUCGAAGACCUACGGUACGUGAGCUCUUUCGUGCCCCAAUCAUCAAGUCGGUUAUAUUGACGGUACUCUUUGGUUCGGCAGUUGUCGAGCUCAUCAAGCAGAGGCGAGAGUUGGAAGGUUUGAAACUUGCCCAUCAGUCGAAAUUUGCAAUAUACGAAGAUAUUAUUGAAAAACUUAAGCGAGGUGAAAAGGUGGAUUUAGCUCAUGAUCUCAAAAUUGCAAGCACUUUGACAAAGCACAAGUACAACACCGUAAACGAAAUUGAAAUGGACGAGCAAUUGAGCGAAUUGUUCAACUUUGACGAAGAAGAUGAGGAGGAAGUGGUGAGUCCACAAAGUAAUACCGAAAGGUCGCUGCUGAAAUUCUUGUAA